UUCAACUUCAAACUAGACUUGAGAGGUCUCGGCCCGAAACAUUGACUGUUUACUCCUUCCCAUAGAUUCUACGUGUGUUACUUUGGCACCCGCAGAUUUUCUCGUGUUCAGACCGUUCCUGUAGGUUUGGUUUUGAAUUUGCUGGGGCACAGCAUCACUGCAAUGUAUUUAUUACACUGACCUUAUUAUUCCCAUUCUCGCACCGACAGUGACUCCCUUUCUUUCCCCCGCCUACGCCGGCAAUCCCCGACCGCCACAUCUUUGUACUUCCGGUGCAGAGUGCGAUGACAUUCCCGCAUGCGCAGAGUUCGGUCGGCUUCUUCCGGUUCGUGCGGUUCAGCUCUUGGUGUCAACAAAAUGCUGGACAUACGAGGUUGGGCAGAGUACAUUGUGGAAUGGGCUGCUAAAGACCCUUAUGGUUUCCUUUCAGCUGUUAUCUUGGCACUAACUCCGUUGUUCAUAGCAAGUGCACUAUUGUCGUGGAAACUGGCAAAAAUGAUUGAAGCUAGAGAUCGAGAACAGAAGAAGAAACAAAAACGUCAAGAAAAUAUUAAUAAAGCCAAGAGAUCAAAGAAGGAUUGAACAUGUAACCAAGAAACAUUCCUUUUCUUGAACUAAAACACAGCUUGUUGGGCAUAUUUAACAAUUUGGCAAUAACUUCAAGACCAGUAUCAUUCUUCAAUUUGCUUCGUUAGAUCUGUGCUCCUGUUGUCUAAUAAUUUGUUGGAAUUUUUAUGAUAUCCAUUAACCAUCAUGAUAAUCAGUCAUGCUUUACAGCUAAUUUUGUACUUGUUUACUAUUUAAAUUGAGUGUAUAUAUUUCUCAUUCCUUAAGUACUUGUUUCAUCAAUUCCAUAAUCUUGUGACUGAAGAUGUACUGAGAAAUUGCACUGAAAUCAAUGGAUUGAUACAAUAUGAUCACAAUUUCUAAAUUAAAAAUAACUUGUAAUUUAUAUCCAGUUCUAUUUUUGCUCAAGAGCUUGAUAUUACUGACUAAAUUCAAUUCAUUAUUGUGAAGUAAUGAGAGAAAGGAAAAAAACUUAAAAAUUUUUGUUUAGAAAUAUGGUGCAUAUUAAAGCCUUUGUAUGGCAAUGUUUCCUUUG